UCAUCUCACAGAUUCAUAAUUUUAUUGGAGAAAGAAACAUCAAAUUAAUAUGAUGAAAAUGGAAAAGAGCGUUUUGGUACUCUUUUUCCUAGCCAUAACAUGUGCCAUUACCAUUGCUGUUGAGCCUAGUCCUUUGCAAGACUUCUGUGUUGCAGACCCUACCAGCCCAGCACGAGUAAAUGGGUUUCCUUGCUUGGAUCCUAAGCAAGUAAAAGCCCAGCAUUUCAGCUUCAGGGGAAUUCACAUACCUGCGAACACAUCGAACCCUCAAGGCUCAAGGGUGACCCCGGUGAAUGUGGUUCAAAUUCCAGGGCUCAACACGCUUGGCAUCUCCCUGGCUCGGAUUGACUAUGCACCGUGGGGCGUUAUCCCUCCCCACACGCAUCCCCGUGCCACCGAGGUUCUAACGGUCUUAGAAGGAAGCCUCCUGGUUGGGUUUGUGACCUCCAACCCAAACAACCAGCUAAUCUCAAAGGUCCUCCUCAAGGGUGAUGUGUUUGUGUUCCCUGUUGGGCUUGUACACUUCCAAAGAAAUGUGGGAUAUGGAAACGCUGUCUCUAUCUCUGCCCUGAGCAGUCAAAACCCUGGUGUGAUUACUAUUGCUAAUGCAGUUUUUGGAUCCAACCCGAGGAUUGAGGACAGUGUUCUGACCAAGGCUUUCCAGGUUGACAAAUCCAUAAUUAGUCGUCUUCAGGCUCCAUUCUAG